CCACCCAACAUGAUGAGACCAACUCGAUGAGAUCUGCGGCUCGAGGUAUUCCGGUCGUUCCUGUUCACUCCAACGGCCAUGAUGUUGAGUGCCGUAUCAAAGGCAGCCGCUGGUGCCUUGAGGGCUGUUAAACCAACUCUACUACAAAAUGAAGUCACAAAAGCAACAGCGACGUUGUCAGUCAACCGACGUGACUACGCGGCGAAAGCAGCGGCCCAGCCCAAGUCUGGCACAGCCACGGGUAAAAUCGUAGCUGUAAUCGGUGCUGUGGUGGACGUACAGUUCGACGAGGCACUCCCCCCAAUCCUCAAUGCCCUCGAGGUGCAGAACCGUUCCCCCCGUUUAGUUCUCGAGGUUGCCCAACAUCUUGGUGAGAACACCGUCCGUACCAUCGCCAUGGACGGUACUGAGGGUCUCGUCCGAGGCCAGCCAGUCUUUGAUUCCGGAUUUCCAAUCAGAAUUCCAGUCGGGGCUGAGACCCUCGGACGUAUCAUCAACGUCAUCGGUGAACCCAUUGAUGAGCGUGGACCUGUGGACACUGACAAACUCGCUGCUAUUCAUGCUGAUGCUCCUGAGUUCGUGGACAUGAGUGUCGAGCAGGAGAUUUUGGUCACUGGUAUCAAGGUCGUGGACCUUCUGGCUCCUUAUGCCAAGGGAGGAAAGAUCGGACUCUUCGGAGGUGCUGGAGUCGGCAAAACUGUAUUGAUCAUGGAGCUGAUCAACAAUGUUGCCAAGGCCCAUGGUGGAUACUCAGUGUUCGCUGGGGUUGGUGAGAGAACUCGUGAGGGUAAUGAUCUCUACCACGAGAUGAUUGAGUCAGGUGUUAUUUCCCUGAAAGAUAAAACAUCGAAGGUGGCUCUUGUAUAUGGGCAGAUGAACGAACCUCCUGGCGCUCGUGCCAGGGUUGCUCUCACUGGUCUCACUGUUGCUGAGUACUUCAGGGAUCAGGAGGGUCAAGAUGUACUACUGUUCAUUGACAAUAUCUUCAGGUUCACUCAGGCUGGUUCUGAGGUAUCUGCUCUUCUCGGUCGUAUUCCAUCGGCUGUAGGAUACCAGCCAACCCUGGCCACUGACAUGGGUACCAUGCAGGAGCGUAUCACCACCACGAAGAAGGGUUCAAUCACCUCAGUGCAAGCUAUUUACGUGCCAGCUGAUGAUUUGACAGAUCCAGCUCCAGCCACGACAUUCGCCCACUUGGACGCCACCACUGUGCUCUCCCGUGCAAUCGCUGAGCUCGGUAUCUACCCAGCUGUCGAUCCCCUCGACUCCACCUCUCGUAUCAUGGACCCCAACAUCAUUGGAGCCGAGCACUACAACAUUGCUCGUGGAGUUCAGAAGAUUCUGCAGGACUACAAAUCCCUUCAGGAUAUCAUUGCUAUCCUGGGUAUGGACGAGUUGUCUGAGGAGGACAAACUCACUGUAGCAAGGGCUAGGAAAAUCCAGAGGUUCCUCUCUCAGCCAUUCCAGGUCGCUGAGGUGUUCACUGGCCACGCAGGAAAAUUGGUACCCCUCGCUGAGACCAUCAAGGGAUUCCAGAAAAUCCUAGCAGGUGAGCUCGACCACCUCCCAGAGGUAGCUUUCUACAUGGUGGGCCCCAUCGAGGAGGUCGUCGCCAAGGCCGACACCCUCGCAAAACAAUAAAUAAAGUAAAAAACCAUCAAAUAAAAGAAGAAAAGACACAUUUUUAAGAGAAACAAUAAUGGUUAAAAAACAACUUCUCGUCAUCAAUUCAUUCAAUAAAUCAGUACCUCAAUUAUUUGUAUAGUAUAAUCCAUUUGAACUACUCAUACGCCCUUCAAGUGAUUGUUCUGGACCUUUAGUUGAAGACAGAAAUUUGUCACUUACAAAUUGGAAUAAAAAAAUGUCGUAAUGGUACGCUUGGCCAUCAGGCACCAAGUUAUUGUAAAUUAGUAAGGAAAAACGAAGUAAUAAUAAAAAAAAAGUUUUAAAAAACAAA